AUGAAUGAGACUGGUGGAAUGGAAUUACUGUUGAUUUUUAAGGAAUUUCUGGGGACCUACAAUAAACUUACAGAGACCUGCUUUUUGGACUGUGUUAAAGACUUCACAACAAGAGAAGUAAAACCUGAAGAGGAAUAUCAUAUUCAGCAGAAUGAAGCCCUGGCAGCCAAAGCAGGACUCCUUGGCCAACCACGAUAGAGAAGUCCUGAUGGAUGAACUUUUGAUGAAAGAUUGCCAACAGCUGCUUUAUUGGAAAUGAGGACUCAUCUGAUAGAAUCCCCUGAAAGCAGUAGCCACAAUGUUAAACCAUCUGUCAUGACUUUGGCAAAUGGAAACCACUGGAGAAACAAAAUUGCUAUUUACCAGGAAUAAUCAAACUAGAAGGUCUUAUUGUUCAAUGAAAUAAUAAGAUGCAACAUUUGUUGAGGCCUUAUGAUUCAGCAACUUGGUCACUUGAUUAGAAAAAUAAACCAUUGUUUCUUCAAUUGUGACUGUUAAUUUUAAAGCAACUUAUGUGUUCAAUCAUGUAUGAGAUAGACAAAUUUUUAUUACUAAAAGUAAAAUAAAUGGAAAUAUCACUGAGCAGUUGUUUAUACUGUAUGGUACCAUAGUAUUCUCACUGGGCUGUGGAUACGUUGAAAUGUUUUUCAAUCAGGAUCAUCCUCCAAGCAUUCCUGUUCAUUCAUGUCUGCCUCAAAUUGCUGGUGAAUACAUAAAACAGUUACUUGCUAAUCAUUUCAAUGCACGGUCCUUUUCUUGCCUCCCUUGUGUCAGGGUGGGCAUUAUUCCUUUUUUUUUUGUUUUUUGAGAUGGAGUUUUGCUUUCGUCACCCAGGAUGGAGUGCAAUGGUGCGAUCUUGGCUUACUGCAACCUCCACCUCCCAGGUUCAAGCAAUUCUCCUGCCUCAGCCUCCCAAGUAACUGGGAUUACAGGUGUGUGCCACCAUGCCUGGCUAAUUUUUGUAUUUUUAGUAGAGAUGGGGUUUCACCAUGUUGGUCAGGCUGGUGUCAAACUCCUGACCUCCAGUGAUCUGCCCACCUCAGCCUCCCAAAGUGCUAGGAUUACAGGCAUGAGCCACUGUGCCCGGCCACAUAUUCUUAUCUUACCUACAUUUUCAUAUAUCUUCAGGAAACCAUCCCAUCUGCCCUAGUUUGGGAAUGUUUAAGAGUUGAAUGUUACACUGUAAUGGAGUUCAUGUUUGUGUUUUUUUCAAAAGCUGACAGUUAAAUAUGAUAGAUUCCAAGGCUUGCCAAUGAUAAAAAGUGAACCAAAGUAAUGUCUUAUGGCUAAUGAAUCCUGAAAUGAAUCCAAGCAUUUGCAGGAAAUUCUAGUUGAUGCAUAUGUAUACCAAGUAGUUUAGUAAAAUGCAAGUGGACUAAAACUUACUAAUCAACUGGCUUAUGAAUGGAUUUCAUUCGAUACCAUUUUAAACGUAUAUUUAAGAGAAUGCUAAUUAGCCUGUAUGUUUAAAUUUACCAAAGCGAUUUUUAUGUUUUGUAUGUUAAUGGAAGUAGAAGUAUUGUUCUGCUUUAAAACUGAAGUGUUGAAAUACAGAUAAUACUCAAGAAAAUAUACAAUUUAUUAUAAUCAAAGGAACCUGAAAGAAUAGGCUUGCUUCAUGUUAAAGCAGCCAAAAAGUCAGAGAUUUCACUUAUUUAAGAUUCUGGGCAAUUCACACACAUACUUUGAUAUUUCUGUGUAGUCAAGCAUAACAUAGCUAUUUACUGUGUACAUUUCACAAAGAUAAUUAAAUAUGUGCUCACCUGGCAAA